CUGGCUGGCUCGCGCCGUGGGCAGCGACAGCUCAGAGCGGAGCGCGGACAGUUGGGCUCUGCGCGUUCAAACCAGGCACGAAGUAAGCGAUAACUGAGUGUUGGAGGACCGGACAGGAACGAUUAUUGUUAUUGUUAUUGAUCUUCUCCGUGUUUGUAUUGGAUACUCGUCGCUCGCUCGCUCAUCAUGGCUGUGACUGAGGCUGGAUGUGAUCUCACUUACUGCAAGAUGAGGGGAAUUGUCGCCGUUCUCACCGCUUUCAUCAAGGAGAGAAAAAUGGGGCUGAAUGACUUCAUUCAGAAGCUGGUGUCUACCCCACAUAUCUGCCAACAUGUUGAAGUUAACAACUUCCUGAAGAUUGAUGAGAAUCAAAACGAGGAGGUUGAAAAUGAACUUCCUGAAAGUCUGAUGUGCCUAAAUUCACGAAGUUCACUGGCUGAGGAAACUCAGAUCAAACCUUGUGAUUUUGACUACCUCAAAAUCAUCGGCAAAGGCAGCUUUGGAAAGGUCCUGCUGGCUCGGCACAAGGAGUCCACCAAGUAUUAUGCCGUCAAAGUGCUACAGAAGAAGAUCAUCAUGAAGAAGAAAGAACAAAAGCACAUCAUGGCUGAGCGCAGUGUUCUGAUGAAGAACAUCAAGCAUCCCUUCCUGGUUGGGCUACACUACUCCUUCCAGACUACUGACAAGCUGUACUUUGUUCUUGACUAUGUCAAUGGUGGCGAGCUGUUCUACCAUCUCCAAAGGGAGAGGAUCUUCCUGGAGCCCCGAGCCAGGUUCUACGCUGCUGAAAUCGCAAGUGCGCUUGGCUACCUCCACUCCCUGCACAUUGUGUACAGGGACCUGAAGCCUGAGAACAUCCUGCUGGACUCCCAGGGUCACAUUGUCCUCACUGACUUUGGCCUCUGCAAAGAAGGCCUUGAGGCCAAUGGUACUACAACAACCUUCUGUGGGACACCUGAGUACUUGGCCCCUGAGGUUCUCCAGAAGCAGGCCUAUGACCGCACAGUUGACUGGUGGUGUCUGGGAUCGGUGCUCUACGAGAUGCUCUAUGGACUUCCCCCUUUCUACAGUCGCAACACAGCCGAGAUGUACAACAACAUCCUGCACAAGUCUCCUGUGCUCAAGCCCAAUGUGUCGAACGCAGGCAGGGAACUGCUGGAGGGGCUCCUGCAGAAGGACCGCACCAAGAGGCUGGGAGUGAGGGACGACUUUCUUGAACUCAAGUACCAUUCCUUCUUCUCUCCAAUCAACUGGGAGGAUCUGAUGGCCAAGAAGAUCACACCUCCGUUCAUCCCCUCAGUGACCGGCCCCACGGACCUCCGACACUUUGACCCCGAGUUCACCCACCUGCCCGUGACCUCCUCUUUGUGCACGGAGACCCUGACUGUGACCAGCAGUGUGAAGGAAGCAGCCGGAGCCUUUCCAGGCUUCUCUUACGGGCCUCCAGCAGACCACUGCUUUAUGUGAACGCCAACAUCUCUGCGUGUCUGUAACAAGAAACAAGAUAAAAGUUCUGGAUUGAGAGUUUUGACUGAGGGACCACGCUGGAGCUGCCUGUAUGGGGGAUAUUACACGGCCUGAUAAGAGGAUCUAACUGACAAAAAAAGACAAGAAUACAGUGAAAGGGGGGCAGAUCUUGAGGGAUCUUGUGCAUGGAAAAAGUGUACAGAUGGGGACUCUCAUGUUUUAACACCACUGGCCCUACUCUUCUGCCUAAACCACCCAGAAUUAUAAUAUAUGUGUGCCAAGUAUGGAUGCACUCUGGGGUCAAAAAACAUCGCUCUGGACCUCACAGCUACUGGUGAAGUGACAUGAAGAGAAGUGCCUGAGGUUCGAAAGGCAGUUUGGACAGCAGCAACAGCGUUAUCGGAAACCACAGAACCAUUUCACAUGAGUCGGGCUUUUUUUAAAACCUGAGCUGUUAUGGGUGAUGCCUUUGUUACUCGUCAACUUAUGUUAGAACUGUUAACUUAUGUUAAAACUGUUUCCAAGUUCACAAUGCUUUGUUGUUUUCAUGUCAACGCUCAAUUGCACUUGAGGAAACAAGGGUCAAGAAAAGUGAAACAUUCCGCUUUAAGCAUCAGCAACUUUGGAUUAGACAGCUGCAUAUCGUUCCUCUUUAUUUUUUCAUAUCUGUAGUUUGGACAAAGACAUAAAGGCAUUUCAGAUGUGUCCACUAUUAGCGAAGCUUGGACCAAACUGUUAACUGUGGUAUGCUUUAACACUUUUUUUGACCGGUUUGUCCUCAUUAACUGAAGAUCAAAGUUUUACUGUACUGUGUAGAACAAAGAGGUUACAUAUAUUUUAAUGCAAAACCAAAAGGUUUUCCAUGUUUUAAUAACCACAAACAUUCUCACUUUACUUAAGAAAGUUCUGCAUAUAUUAUAAAUGAGUUAUAAAUGUUUCUUAGUAUGUAUGAAUAGAUUCUAUAUUUUAUUUUUGUUUUUUCCAACUUCUUUUCAUUUACAGCCAGUGACUGUGUUAAUCUAUAUCUGCUGUUUGCAAACUUAAUGAAUGACUUCUCUUACUGAUCAGGAGAGAGUUCAACCAGCAAUAACAGACCCACAUCAAUGAUAGCACACAUUACUGUAUAUCAGUCUUCUUUCAAAUUUAAGUGAUUGCUGUUUUAUUGCAAACACUCCAGACAAACUAGAAUCUGUGAUUAAAGAUGUUUUUCUAUUUAUGCAUCAUGUAGAGAAGAACUGUGAAUGUCUUGUGCCUGUCCAAGGCGGCCUGAUCCAUAUAUACUGUAUGUACAUAUCUCUUUUCCCUAAACCUCUCUGUCCCUUUUCUAGAGAACAACUUGUUUAAGAAAGUGCUUCAUUAACUAUGAAGAAGAACCACUAGGUGGAGCAGGUGCCGGCUUGCCCUAACAGCGUUUAACCACUGGCCCACUGCAUAACAUGGUUCUGGAAAGUGCAAUAAAAUGUUGUUCACCCUAAAAGAAAAAUGAUCAUCUUAUCUCUUUUAGCAGAAGCGUGAGUUGUAAUUUAUGAUUUGAUAAGCAUUGAGUUAUUAAGAGAGGUUCUUCACUCAAACAGAGAUUGUUCAUUUUCUUGUUUUUGUCCCAGUCUACAUAUUUUAGGAGUUUGCAUACAGAGGGUGCGUUUUCAAGCCUGCUGAAAAUUUAAAAAAAAUGGCAACACAGUUCUAGAUAAUUUUCUUCCAUAUUUGGAAGCAUUACUUUUCUGUUUUGUAUUUUUUAUGUAUAUUUAUUUUCAUGCCAUUGCUACUGUGUAAAGAGGAUAAUUUACAUGAUCAACCGAAAUAUUAAACUGUAAUCUGAGUCAGAAAUGGCAAAUAAAUUCUCAAAAUUCAAA